AAUGCGUGAGCUGAUCAAUCGCUUUCCCUGGUAAGAAUGCGUGAGCUGAUCAUAUUUUCAACUGGAUUAGAUCUACCACGAGUUUCCAAACUCUCUGGUCUUCGAGUAGCCUCUAACAAGAGUUGGAUUUGUGAGGCUUCAAAUCUCCGCUCUGCUUCACGAAAGCCUCAUUUCCGCUCUUUGUUUUCCUUCUGGAUCUCAAACUUUCUAUUUUUGGUGGUGAAGACAGAAUGGUCGACGAAGGGCUCAGGAAGAGGGGGUGUCCGUGCACAAAAGACGAUUUUCUCCACAAGAAAUCGUUUCAGAGCUGGGGAAACUAUGGGAGGGCGCUCAUGGAGACUCCGCUGCGGCUAAGGGACCGGGUCCUGGCCCGAUCCAUGGACCAGACAGAGCUUGUGGAGAUGAAGGCUCGGAGCCAGCAUGAGAUGAAGAAGACACUCACGUGGUGGGACCUCAUGUGGUUCGGCAUCGGUGGCAUCAUCGGCGCCGGUGUCUUCAUGCUUACGGGGUACGAGGCCAAGGAAGACACGGGCCCGGCAGUCGUCUUGUCGUUCGUCUUCUCCGGCGUCUCUGCUAUGCUGUCUGUUUUCUGCUAUACCGAGUUCGCAGUGGAGAUCCCCGUCGCUGGUGGAUCAUUUGCGUACUUAAGGGUAGAGCUCGGCGAUUUCAUGGCCUUCAUUGCCGCCGGAAACAUCUUACUUGAAUAUGUGGUCACCGGAGCGGUCGCUGCCCGCUUAUGGACAUCCUACUUCGCCACACUCUGCAACCAAGAGCCAAACGAUUUCCGCAUCGUAGCCCACGGUCUCGAUCCCGGCUUCAGAUAUCUCGACCCCAUAGCCGUCGUCGUCAUCGCUAUCGUCUGUUUCCUGGCAGUCCUCAGCACCAAGGGCUCCUCACGUUUCAAUUACAUCGCCUCCAUCAUUCAUAUUAUUUUCAUUGUCUUCAUCAUCGUUGCUGGCCUUACCAAAGCUGAUACCAAGAAUUACUCCAACUUUGCUCCAAAUGGCGCUCGUGGCAUCUUUAAGUCCUCAGCAGUGCUUUUCUUUGCUUAUGUUGGGUUUGAUGCAGUCUCGACCAUGGCCGAGGAAACAAAGGACCCUGGUCGGGACAUCCCUAUUGGGCUUGUUGGCUCAAUGGCCAUUACUACUUUGGCAUAUUGUUUGCUGGCCGUGACACUCUGCCUUAUGCAACCAUACAGACACAUCAAUGCAGUUGCUCCAUUUUCGGUACUCACCUUCGAAGCCGUCGGUUGGGGAUGGGCUGAGUACAUAGUGGCAGCCGGUGCGCUAAAGGGCAUGACGACGGUUCUGCUUAUUGCAGCAAUGGGUCAGGCUCGAUAUCUCACUCACAUUGCUCGUACCCACAUGAUUCCCCCAUGGCUCGCCCAUGUCAAUGAGAGGACUGGCACUCCCGUCAAUGCCACAGUCGUCAUGCUUGCAGCCACUGCAAUCAUCGCCUUCUUCACGAAGCUUAGUAUUCUCGCCGAUCUACUCUCUAUCUCCACGCUAUUCAUCUUCAUGCUCGUGGCUCUUGCCCUGAUCGUGCGCCGGUACUAUGCCAGUGGGGUGACAACGCCGGCGAAUCGUAACAAGCUCAUUGUGUUUCUGCUGCUUAUACUUGGGUCUUCGAUUGCCACCGCUACCUAUUGGGCUACAACAACUGAUGCUUGGAUCGGGUACGUAAUAACUGGCCCAAUUUGGCUCGUUGGAACCGUGGGACUUUGGCUUUUUGUUCCACAAGCAAGGGAACCAAAGAUUUGGGGGGUGCCGUUGGUUCCAUGGCUACCGUCGUUGUCCAUCGCCAUCAACAUUUUCUUUCUUGGGUCGGUUGAAAAAAAAUCGUUCGAGAGGUUCGGGAUAUGGACUCUGAUAAUCUUGGUUUACUAUUUCCUUUUUGGAUUGCAUGCAUCCUAUGACACAGCCAAGGAAGCUGGCAAUGAUAUUUAAGAGAUGAUCAAGAAUGUUGAAAAUGGCGCUGUGCCUUCGUGACCGUGGGUUCAGGGUUAAAGGCGUUAGCCAAUUCGUCUUGGGUAAGUUCUAUUAAAUGUGUAAUUGCUUGUGUGCAGUUGUAUAUGUUGAUAUGAUGGUGAUCUGGGGUGUUUCAUAUUUUCUUUUCUUAAAACAACUAUUAUGUUUUGUUCACGAGGGAAAUUCAAUUCUCUUCCCCAAAUUAGCUGACAUGAGUGGUCUCCCACUUCCCUCAGUUUGUAUUGUCCUUGCUGCCUCUUGCUCGCUCUUAAUACAACUAGUCCGUCCUAUUUGAGAGAGA